AUGGCUGAUCGAGCGGGUAUCGAGGUCAUCCAGGUCGAGAAACUUGCAUUUUCUUUGCUUGGCGAGACAUAUAUUUUCGCUCUAUACGCGGUCCUCAUAGGGUAUCUUGUCGUUCGCCGACGGGCUGCUCGCAGGACCAUUACUCUUCCCGUCUUCAUCCUCGUUUUCACCCUCACCAUGUUCAUCGUCUACACAUUGUACUGGACGCUGGAUGUCUAUCUUCUUUGGGUCAAGUAUCAAGCGGUACUUCGAUUGCCUCAGCUGAAGAGGGCCGCUACUCGUGCGCUCGCUACGCAGAUGCACCUGAAGGGAGCGCCAUCCACGGAUGGACUUCCUGCGGAGUCCUAUCCGGUCCUCUUCGUCCAAUGGUCUUCCGGUUUGACGCUGAUCGUGCUGGGCGACUUCGUAUCGCUCUGGAGGGCAUGGGUGAUAUUUGGAAAGCCUCGUUGGCUGUACGUACUCCUUGUAUGCGCGGCUGCAACCGAGAGUCUUAUCUUUGUCAUGCUAUUCAUUAGCACAACGCCGGCAUUCUUCGCAGUAUCUCCCACAUUCUUGCGAGCGACGUCCAAAAUCCGGGUUCCUUUGACAUUCUGCAGCUAUUCUUCAGCCGGCCUUGCUCAACUUGGCUCAACAUCUUUGAUAGCUUACAAGGCUUGGGCUCAAUGGAGAGAUGUGCGAGCGUUCAUGCAAAGAUCAACGAUACCUCGCUCCGUCGCUGUGAUGCUCAUUGUCAUUGAAUCGGGUCUCGUCUACAUAGCCUUGCUGGCCUGGUACGGGUUCAUCGAUUUCUUCGGGAAAAAGACGUGGAUCGUGGUGAGCACGUGUCGAUUCUACAGCAUUCCCCUCGUUGCAAUGUACCCGACUCUGGUGAUAGUUCUCGUGGCUUGUCGGCACUCCGUGUUGGAGCCUAGCGUCGCAUCCACGAACUCUUUGGAUGAGGUGCAUCGCACAGGGCGCCCGACAGUUAGGCAGCAAGACACGAACCGUAUCCGCUACCCUACCUUCGUCAUUCCCCACAAGAACCUGGAUGACUGGGAGAUCGAUCUUGACGGAGAUUCGACGAUGCGCCCCACGAGCGAUGGUUCCACCGACGAUGGACUAGCUCAGAUGCGACACAAAGACGUGCCUCAAGCAGCGACGUCUACCGCCCCAUCGAGCUCGUAUCUCUCGAUGGUCUGA